UGGCAAUCGCUCAUCCUCAUUGUUUGAAGGGAGCACUGCACGCGACGCACGUCGCAGCCAAACGUGAACAUACUUUAAAGGAUGAGCGGCUUUUAGAUGUGUGGCCGAAGCCGCAAGCUCUGAUGCCCUCCUUCGCUUCCGCAUUCCCAAGGUGGCCGCGUCCCGCGUGCAUGAGCUCAACAGGGCAAAAAACCGGUCGGUCCGGCUUAUCUGGAGCCCGCCGCCGCUUGCCCGGAACAAUGCUUUAUCCCGGCCUCGCGGCAGAGGAGCACCGCGGGGCGGCUGCUUCUGUGCGGCUUUUGGGUUGCGGUGGCUCGCGUUCAGCGUUCGGGGGAGGCUUCUGAGAACCGGAGGUCAUGGAGGGCUGCUGCCGUACCUGCAUGCCGUGUUUGAAGCGCCUCUGGGACUACAUCUGGCCGGACUUCCGCUACCCGAGCGUACCUAAUCAUGUGAUCGUCAACCGGGGUGCGCAGGCCGCCGAGAUCCGGACGGUGUCGGGUGACAUCCGCGUGCCCUCGCCCAAGAAGAGGCCGGUCCAACUCUACGCCGCGCUCUUCGACUUUGAGGCCCGCAGCGACGAUGAGCUGACGGUCCGAGAGGGCGACAAGCUUUCGGUUCUAGAGCAACGAGGCGACUACGUGCUGGCCAAGAAACUGACUGGAUCGCUCGAGUCCGGACUCAUCCCUGCCAACUAUGUGGCAGUUCUACAGGACGAGUUCGCCAAACACAAGUGGUACUAUGGCAACAUCAACCGGAUCAAAGCUGAGAAGCUGCUGCUGGCCCCUCAAAACAAGGAUGGCUGCUUCCUGGCACGGAUUAGUGAGAGUCACAGUGAUGAGUACACCAUCUCAGCCCGGAGCGACGGGAAGGUGCUUCACUUCCGGAUCCAGCGUUCCUCCAUUGGGGCCUAUUUUGUAUCUGACAAGAUUUCUUUUGGCACGCUGGGCGAGCUGGUCUCAUAUUACCAGAAGAACCCUCGCAGUCUGGGCGUGCUGCUGGCGGAACCUUGUGCUCAGCAGCGGGAACUAUACGACAUGGAGCCUUGGGAGAGACCUCGCGAGGAGUUCAAGUUGCACCGAAAGUUGGGUGAAGGCCACUUUGGAGAAGUGUGGGAGGCACUGUGGACCACCGAGAAUAAGCGAGUGGCCAUCAAAAUGCUCAAACAAGAGGACACUAAACAGGACGAGUUUGUGAAGGAGGUGCAGGCGCUGAAAAGCCUUCACCAUCCCAAACUAAUCCAGCUGCUAGCCAUGUGCUCCCGAGGAGAACCCGUCUACAUUGUGACUGAGCUAAUGAGCAAAGGAAGCCUCAAGUCCUACUUGGCCUCUGUUGAAGGUCAGGUGCUGACCUCUGCACACCUCAUCUACAUGGGCAGUCAGGUUGCUGAGGGGAUGGCCUACCUGGAAGACAGGAGCAUUGUCCAUCGAGACUUGGCGGCCAGAAACAUCCUGGUGGGAGAGGACCUGAUCUGCAAGGUGGCAGACUUUGGGCUGGCUCGCAUUAUCAAGGACAGCGUUUACACUGCAAGCCGGAGCACCAAGAUUCCCGUGCGGUGGACGGCGCCCGAAGCCGCGAUUCACCAGAAGUUCUCCGUUAAGUCGGACGUGUGGUCCUUUGGCGUUCUCCUCUAUGAGAUGAUGUCGCGUGGGAAAAUGCCCUACGAAGGCAAAAACAACAAGCAGGUGUUGGAUCUCCUGACGUCAGGUGCUCGUCUGGCGUGUCCAAGCAGAUGUCCUCACAACAUCUACCGCAUUAUGAUGGACUGCUGGGCCGCCGAGCCUUCUAAGAGACCCUCUUUCCACGCUUUGCACAGCCAGCUGGACUCUAUUUAUGCUCGUAUCUACUUCAAGACCAUCGAGGUGUGACCUCGUGGCGGCGGCAUAAAGGACAACAUGGCCGCCGCAGAGGCUUACAAAAACUCUUGUCUCGAAAGAAGUCUGAUGGAAUUUCCGACUUGGCAAUAACUUUUCCCUCUAUGUUAACUGCAGGCCAUAAAAGAGGCAUUACGUGCAAUAAUCUAUUGUGACUGGCUUUCAGCCACUUUUGCUGUCUAACAGAAGCCAAUCAUUUUGCCCAAAUGUGACCUCAAAAGAAAGAUGGAGAAUUGGUGAUUUCCUCACUGAGUCGGAAGUUCCUUUUGGUCAUUAGAUACUUUAGCAUUUGCCAAGUACAAAUGUUUGUUACUAACAUUUCUUUUGUUUUGUUUUUUAGUUUUAGCCCUUUUGUUCAUUUUGGAAAUCAAAUUUUGCCUAACAUUUUCCCUCAAAUGAAUGAAAAUGAAUACACAACAGAUUAGUUAAUCGCACUCAGCUAGUGUGGCCAAAGAUUCUUAGCCAAGCACAAGUAUUAUUUAAAAUCAAUUUUUCAGUGGCCUCAAGAAGGGACGCCAUGUUUACAAAGCCACGUUCAAUUAGGGAUAGAUUUAUCUUAACAGGGUUGCAUGUGAUGCAAUGCAUCUUUUGCUAUUUUAUGGUUUUUACCGUCCUGAGCCGUAUAAACAACACAAAUAUAGUGAUGUCUAAUCACAAACAAAUAAAGUCAUUAAAGCCUUUUA